AUUACCGCUAUCUUCCUUCUUCCGUAACACCAUGAAGGGUCUCUUAUCAAUUCUUUCAUUGGCAGUUGCUGCCACCGAGGCUUGCCUUACCAUCUCAGGGUCAUGCCAGUCGGGUUCCAUUGAUCCCUACGUCAGCAUCAACGCCAACGACAACAAUCAAGCAUCUGGCCAUACGAGCUGCAGCAACUUUGCUCAUUGUGACAUGCAAAUCAGUGGCGCUGUCAAUAGUGCCUGGGUAGAGAACUGCCAAUACCUGCACUGGAACACGGGUCAUGGUAACUACGUGGUCGACAUGCACCCUAGCACUACCACGACAUGUACCCGGACAUGUGGUGCUACAGGAGCUUGCUGUGACUUUGAGACUCAUUACUUGGUGGAUACACGGGCUUUCUGCUAAAUCAUCUAUGACAAAAAAUUAGUCCCCUCAGCGAUGGAUUCUGUUGUUAAGUUACAGGAGGUGGAUGGCCUUUUCAAUGUUGCAGCCAAGCCAAGGACAGGUUUACCCCAGCUUGAAUAGAAUUGCUGAGAAUACUCUUAUAACAUUGUUAUACUAUCCAAAGAAUAUAAAC